GAUGCACUAUGGUUCGAUCGAGGUUAUGCUCAAGGUGGGCUGAUGCCGGCGGAUGCUGCGGCGGGAGGCCAGCCGCUUCAACUACCUAAGAGGAUUUUGGCCGCAGGUGCGGGGGGCAUUCGUGAGGACGGAUACCUUUACGUGAGUUCGCCCAUCAGCCUGCGGAAGGAUCGGCGCAACGAGCCAGCGCUCGCACGGGCGAGAUUUCCGGAGGGCGCGGUGCGAGGCGCCGGCACGCGGGCAUCCUCUGAGAGCUCUGUGCGCAGACGAACACCAUCUACAGCAGGUGCCCGGCAGGGCGGAUGCAUGUGGGUGGAUGAGAGGCGCCGCGAUGUCUCAGUGAGACAUCGGGCAGCUACGCCCAAAGGUUCGAAAGACGAGGCAGCUGCCAAAGUGCCUGCUAGCGCCGGUCCAAAGCCGAGCCCGGCUGCUGAUCAGGAGAUCUAUGACCAGGUCACUACUCUGGUUGAGGAGCUCGAGGCGGCGCGGGCGCGGGCCCUGGCCGCGGAGAAGCAGCUGCCGCGGGCGGUGGAAGCGGCGGCCUCCGCGCUGGAGCCCUUGCUUCGCCUGCGCGAUGCCGGGGCCGCCUGCGACCUCACGCAGAUGCCCUGGCUGCCGCAGCUGCUGACUGUCUUCCGGAACGUCCUGCGCACUGCCGUGGACGGGGCACCGUCUCGGCCAGACAGCAGUGCAGAUUCUGGCGCGGGCAUCAGCGCCCAAGGCGCUGCCGCCGCGGCCGCUGCUGCGGCCGCUGCCGCCAUCACGGCCUUAGGAGGUCCUGACCCUCGCGCGCGUGAGUGCGACCUUUUGCGGGAGAAGGUGCGGAAACAGGAUGUAGAGCUGAAGUCGGCCAAAGAAAGGGAGCAGCUGCUGCAAGACCGGCUGGAGGAGCUUCAAAAGGAAAGGGAGAGCCUCUUGAACCAUGCCAGCGAGUUCUGCUGCCAGCCGCCGGAUGGGGGGAACCCCUCCUGCUGGGACGCGCUGGGGGUCUUCAGCUAUGACACCUGCUGCAGGACAAUCGUGGUGGAGCCGCCAAAGAAGCGGAGCUUUACCUUGGGAAAUCUGUCACUUCCGCUGUACCGGGGACCCUCGCAGCACAACUCCCCGGCCUUCAAUGAGCGCACGUUGGAGGUGGCACUGGGUUUGUGGUUCAUGCGGCGAUGCUUAGCAGUGCGGCCCAUCUCGGACAUCGAGGAUGCGCCCCUGGAGAUCGGGAACGUGUUGAGCAAUUACUGGCCCAAGGGCGAGCGGCUCGAGGGAGUGUACCUACCCUGGCGCCUGGCUGAUUUGUCCCACGGCCGCGACGCCACGGCCGUGUCGAGCUUCCGCGGUCUUCGGGUGCUCAGUAUCUCCACUGUGGAACAUGUCGGCCACGACAACGAGGGCAUGGCCCACGCGGACGGCUUCCGCACCGACGGGUCGGUUGAGAGUUUGAAGGCCUGGGUGCAGAGUUGGGACGCGGCACCGCAGCUCCUGACACAGAUCGCCGCUGAGGCGGAGGAGUUUUUGGUGACCUUCCCCAUUGGCCUGAACUCCCGGCUCGACGAGGUGGUCGCCAGUGGUGCUUUGCGGCCCUUGGCGCGGGUACUGCGAAGGGUGGACGCUGGCAACGCUUGGGAGGAGGACCCUGGGCAGAGCUUCGAGUAUCACUACGACCUGAGGGACGCCUACUUGCCCGACACCAUCGGCCUGAUGUUCCACCCACAGCUGAGGGAGGUCUACCGCGAGAUCUACGGCGCCGAGAUGCCGCAGAAGCUCGCGCCCCCGCGGCACCCGAGGUUCCGCUUCGCCAACGCGGUGUGCGUGGUGACCAACCUGCCGGAGCUCCUGAGAGGUGGGAGCGACAUGGCACAUGCCCUGACUGCACCUUUGGAGGGCGCUUGCUUUGAGCGCGAGAGCAACCAGUGGGUCUCGGAGUUCAAGUCAGUGGAUGUCAAGGUCACUGAGCUGGUGGAGAUGGUGGGUGCGGCUCUCGAGGACAAGCCGGAGAUGCCCAGCCGCGUGCGUUGA